CCAGCAAGUGACGUCGCGGUAACACCUGCCUCACUCAUCUAAUCAAACAAAACCUACCUACAAUCAUUUUGUUUCGUUUGGAGAAACAAGUCACACUUUUCAUAAAACAAAUUGUCUACUCCAUGUUUUUAAAUUGUCUGGACUAAGGACCACACGAGUACAAUCAGGACACAAACAGUUCAUCAGUCCAUCGGUCUAAGCCCACAAAAACUUUGUGAAAUGAUGGCCGCCAAACUUGCCUUGAUCUGUUUAUGUCUACUCUUUACCUCCGUACUGGGAGAUGACGCCAUUUGCUGCGGGGCCGUACCCGGUUGUAACAUCACAGCGAGCAGCGAAUGUGUGUGUCAGGGUGUGAGGUCAUCCCUACAGUGCUCCGCCCUCGUCCUGAGAGAGCGGCUAAAGACCUACAGCACCGGCGGGUUCCUGAAGGAGGCGUUAGACGAGGUGGCCAACAGGACCUCGGCCCUCAAGGGCGGCACCAGGCCGGUCAAAUGGCUCCAGAAAAUACCGGACUUCUCCAAGACACCGCUCAACCGGAAACGCCGUCAAACGGAGACGUGGGAGGCGGACCCCGCCUGCUGUGAUGGCACCAAUAUGGACGGCUUGAUCUACGGCUGCAGCUUUCAAGCCAACGUCUGCCUGUGCCCCACGGCCGAGAGGACGAGUCUGGCAUCCUGUGAGCUGGUGCCCACAGCCGCCCCCGCCACCACCACCACAACGACAACCACGCUGGCCCCCGCAUCUACAACAUUCCUGGCCAAAAGCUCGUGCUGUGACCCCUUGAGCAGCGAUUACGUCACUGGUCACUACUACUGUUCCUGGAAUAGCAACAACGAGUGUGUGUGCCAGAACGUGCCUGACGUCAGCUACUGCCAGAACACAGGUGGCACCUACGAGGCUAAAGACAACUGCUGUAACGGAAAUGACCUCAACGGUUUGACCUUCGGUUGCGCUUAUGAAGGAGGUGUCUGCAAGUGUCCCUCUGAACAGCGGUCAAGUCUGCCCACCUGUGAGCUAGGCAUCACCACAACGACCACCACCACCACCACGACAACAACCACCAAGCCCCCAGCGGCUCCAGCAACAACCUUCAUCGGCAAGGGCUCGUGCUGUGACAGUCUGCAGAGUGACUACAUCACAGGGCAGUACUACUGCGCUUGGAACGCCAACAACGAAUGUGAAUGUAAGGACGUCCCAGACGUCGCCUACUGCAAAGACGUGCAGGGCACUUUCCUGGCCAACGACAACUGCUGCAAUGGGAACUACCUCAACGGUCUAACGUACGGCUGUGCUUAUGAAGCCUCUGUUUGCAAGUGUCCGUCGGAUUACCGAUCGGACUUAUCCGCCUGCGAGCUAGCCACUACAACAACUACCACCACCACUACGACACCAACUACAACAACUACUACACCAACAACUACGACCACUACACCAACCACAACAACCACUACACCAACUACCACCACUACGACACCAACUACCACAACCACUACACCAACUACUACAACAACAACACCAACUACAACAACCACUACACCAACUACCACCACUACGACACCAACUACAACAACCACUACACCAACUACUACAACACCAACUACAACAACCACUACACCAACUACUACAACUACAACACCAACUACAACAACCACUACACCAACUACAACAACCACUACACCAACUACUACAACUACAACACCAACGACAACAACUACUACACCAACCACAACAACAACUACACCAACUACUACCACUACAACACCAACCACAACAACCACUACACCAACUACCACUACAACGAAAACAACCACAACAACAACCACACCUACAACCACAACCACUACACCAACAACAACAACCACUACACCAACUACUACUACUACGAAAACAACCACAACAACAACCACACCUACAACCACAACCACUACACCAACCACAACAACCACUACACCAACUACAACAACCACUACACCAACAACAACAACAACGACGCCAACUACCACUACUACGAAACCCACCACAACAACCACAACACCAACUACCACAACCACUACACCAACCACAACCACAACCACACCAACUACAACAACCACUAAAACAACAACCACAACUCCAACUACCACAACCACAAAAACCACCACAACCACACCAACCACAACAACGACUAAAUCUACCACCACCACAACUAAACCUACAACAACAACCACAAAACCAACGACAACAACAACAAAAUCAACGACAACCACAACACUUCCAACAACCACAGUUGCCUAUCCACUCUACAACGCCGACCCUGCUUGCUGCGACCCCAACAACCUCCCCACAUUCUUCUACGCCCAAAUUGCUGGCUGUAUUAUCGAUGGAACAACUGGGAAGUGCAUGUGCGCUGUUGGUAUCGAAGACAUGUGCCCUAAUAUUGACCUGGCCACCACAACCACAACCACCACUACAACACCAACUACAACAACCACAACACCAACUACAACAACCACUACACCAACUACAACAACCACGACACCAACUACCACAACAACACCAACUACCACAACUACUACACCAACCACAACAACAACGAAACCAACGACAACAACGACAACACCAACUACCACAACAACUAAAACUACAACCACAACACCAACCACAACAACUACAAAAACUACGACCACAACUAAACCUACAACAACUACUACAAAACUAACAACAACAACCACGAAACCAACAACCACAACAAAACCUACGACAACAACCACAAAACCAACGACAACAACAAAAACUACGACAACCACCACACUCCCAACAACCACAGUUGCCUACCCACUAUACAACGCUGACCCAGCUUGCUGUGACCCCAACAACUUGCCAACGUUUUUCUACGCUCAAAUCGCUGGCUGCAUCAUCGAUGGCGCUACAGGGCUGUGUAUGUGUGCUGCAGGAAUAGAGGACAUGUGUCCAAAGGUUCAAACCACAACGGAAACAACCACAACAUCAACCACCACAACAACAACACCUACAACAACAACCACAACACCAACUACAACAACCACAACACCUACUACAACAACCACAACACCAACUACCACAACCACAACCACAACAACCACAACACCAACUACAACAACGACAACACCAACUACAACAACAACAACACCAACCACCACGACUACAACACCAACCACAACAACCACAACACCAACUACAACAACACCAACUACACCAACCACAACACCAACUACAACAACGACGACACCAACUACCACAACAACACCAACUACCACAACCACAACACCAACUACAACAACGACAACACCAACUACAACAACCACUACACCUACUACCACAACAACAAAACCAACGACAACAACGACAACACCAACUACCACAACGACUAAAACUACAACCACAACACCAACCACAACUACUACCAAAACUACGACCACAACUAAACCUACAACAACUACCACAAAACCAACAACAACAACCACGAAACCAACAACCACAACAAAACCUACGACAACAACCACAAAACCAACGACCACAACGAAAACUACGACAACCACCACACUUCCAACAACCACAGUCGCCUACCCACUAUACAACGCCGACCCUGCUUGCUGCGACCCCAACAACUUGCCAACGUUUUUCUACGCUCAAAUCGCUGGCUGUAUCGUCGAUGGUGCUACAGGCUUGUGCAUGUGUGCAGCCGGCAUCGAAGAUAUGUGUCCAAAGGUUCAGACGACGUUAGAGCAAACUACAUCCACCACAACAACAACAACGACUCCGACAACAACUACAACCACGCCUACAACAACAACUACUACACCAACAACAACUACAACCACGCCUACAACAACAACUACUUCACCAACAACAACUACAACCACGCCUACAACAACAACUACUACGCCGACAACAACUACAACUACGCCUACAACAACAACUACUACACCGACAACAACUACAACCACGCCUACAACAACAACUACUACCCCGACAACAACUACAACACCAACUACAACUACAACAACACCUACCACAACAACGACGACGCCUACAACAACAACCACUGAACCGUUGACAACCACGACUACUGAACAAACUACUACAACAACACCAACCACAACUACCACACCCACCACAACAACAACACCAACCACAACUACAACGACGCCUACAACGACAACUACUGAACAGGCAUCAACCACAACCACUGAACAAACAACUACAACAACACCGAUUACAUCAACAACACCCACUACAACGACUACUCCAGCAACGACCACGACAGUUCCAGAUACAACAACUACAGAGCCAACAACGACAACCACUACAGCGGAGCUUACUACAACAACAACAGAACCAGAAGGCACAACAACAACCGAACAACUAACAACUACAGAGCCAACAACGACAACCACUACUGCGGAGCUUACUACAACAACAGAACCACAAAUCACAACAACAACCGAAAAACUAACAACUACAGAGCCAACAACGACAACCACUACUGCGGAGCUUACUACAACAACAGAACCACAAAUCACAACAACAACCGAACAACUAACAACUACAGAGCCAACAACAACAACCACUACAGCGGAGCUUUCUACAACAACAACAGAAACAGAAGGUACAACAGCAUCGGAACAAACAACCAUAACAUCCACUGUAGCAAUUACAACAGUCAGUGAAACAACAACAGCAAUAAAUGAUGAGCCAGAUUUAUCAACCACAGUAAUAUUCGAGACUUCUACAACAGACACUCCAUCAACUACGCUAGAACAAUCAACUACAGCUCACGUAAUUACUACAACAACUGACCAAAUGUCUACUGCUUCUACAGAGAUGACCACAUCAUCGUCAACCCAACAGCCAACUACAACAACUGAACAACCAACUACAACAACUGAACAACUAACUACAACAACCACUGAACAGCCAACUACAACAACUGAACAACUAACUACAACAACCACUGAACAACCAACUACAACAACCACUGAACAGCCAACUACAACAACCACUGAACAACAAACUACAACAACCACUGAACAGCUAACUACAACAACAACUGAACAGCCAACUACAACAACCAGUGAACAGCCAACUACAACAACCACUGAACAACCAACUACAACAACCACUGAACAGCCAACUACAACAACUGAACAGCUAACUACAACAACCACUGAACAACCAACGACAACAACCACUGAACAACCAACUACAACAACCACCGAACAACCAACUACAACAACCACUGAACAGCCAACAACAAUAACCACUGAACAGCCAACUACAACAACAACUGAACAGCCAACUACAACAACUGAACAACUAACUACAACAACCACUGAGCAGCCAACAACAACAACCACUGAACAGCCAACUACAACAACAACUGAACAGCCAACUACAACAACCACUGAACAGCCAACUACAACAACCACUGAACAACCAACUACAACAACCACUGAACAGCCAACUACAACAACUGAACAGCUAACUACAACAACCACUGAACAACCAACGACAACAACCUCUGAACAACCAACUACAACAACCACCGAACAACCAACUACAACAACCACUGAACAGCCAACAACAACAACCACUGAACAGCCAACAACAACAACCACUGAACAGCCAACUACAACAACCACUGAACAGCCAACUACAACAACCACUGAACUGCCAACUACAACAACCACUGAAAAGCCAACAACAACAACCACUGAACAGCCAACUACAACAUCCACUGAACAGCCAACUACAACAACUGAACAACUAACUACAACAACCACUGAACAGCCAACUACAACAACUGAACAACUAAGUACAACAACCUCUGAACAGCCACCUACAACAACUGAACAACUAACUACAAUAACCACUGAACAGCCAACUACAACAACCAGUAAACAACCAACUACAACAACUGAACAAACAACAACAGAAGCACCAACUACCACAACUACAGAGGCACAAACUACCACAAUUACAGAAGCACCAACUACAUCAACUACAGAGGCACCAACUACAACAACCACAGUGUCACCAACUACAACAACUGAACUGCCAACUACCACAACUACAGAGGCACCUACUACUACCACUACAGAGACACCAACUACCACAACUACCGGGACACCAACUACAACAACUACAGAAGCACCAACUACAACAACUACAGAGACAGUAACUACCACAACUAUAGAGGCACCAACUACAACAACUACAGAGGCAAAAACUACAACAACUACAGAGACACCAACUACAACAACUGAAGUGCCAACUACCAAAACAACAGAUGUAACAACUACAACAACUACAGAAGCACAAACUACAACAACAGUUGAACAACCAACUACGACUACUACGGAAAAACUACCUUCAAGUACUACUGAAGCAAUCACAACAUCAACAAGUGAAACGACAACAGCAUCAAACGAUCAACCAGAUUUAUCAACAACAGUCAUAAUAGAGACUUCUACAACAGAAACUCCAUCAUCAUCUACCGCAGAACCAUCGACUACUUCUCAAGUAAUUACUACAACAACUGACCAAAUUACUACCACUGCAACAGAAAUGACAACCACAACUACUGAACAGCCAACAACUACAGAGGCACCAACUACAACAACCACAGAUGUACCAACUACAACAACUACAGUGGCACCAACUACAACAUCUGAACUGCCUACUAUCACAACCACAGAAGCACCAACUACAACAACUACAGAGGCACCAACUAAAACAACUACAGAUGCGCCAACAACAUCAACAACAGAAGAACCAACUACAUCAACAUCAGAAGCAACAACUACCACAACUACAGAAGCACCAACUUCCACAACUACAGAGACACCAACUACAACAACUACAGAGGCACCAACUACAACAACUACAGAGGCAAUAACUACCACAUCUACAGAAGUACCAACUACAACAACCACAGAGGCACCAACUACAACAACUACAGAAGCAAUAACUACCACAUCUACAGAAGUACCAACUACAACAACAACAGAGGCACCAACUACAACAACUACAGAAGCACCAACUACAACAACCACAGAAGCACCAACUACAACAUCUGAACUGCCUACUACCACAACUACAGAGACACCAACUACAACAACUACAGAGGCACCAACUACAACAACUACAGUGGAACCAACUACAUCAACUACAGAAGCAACAACUACCACAACUACAGAUAUACUAACUACAACAACUACAGUGGCACAAACUACAACAUCUGAACUCCCUACUACCACGACUACAGAGACACCAACUACCACAACUACAGAGACACCAACUACCACAACUACAGAGGCACCAACUAAAACAACAACAGAGGCACCAACUACAACAACUACAGAAGCACCAACUACAACAACCACAGAGGCACCAACUACAACAACGGAACUACCAACUACCACAACUACAGAAGCACCAUCUACAACAACGACAGAAGCACCAACUACCACAACAGAACUGCCAACUACAACAACUACAGAGGCACCAACUACAACAACGACAGAGGCACCAACUACAACAACUACAGAAGCACCAACUACAACAUCUGAACCGCCUACUACCACAACGACAGAGACACCAACUACCACAACUACAGAGACACCAACUACAACAACUACAGGGGCACCAACUACAUCAACUACAGAAGCACCAACUACAACAACUACGGUGGAACCAACUACAACAACUACAGAAGCAAUAACUACCACAACUACAGAAGUACCAACUACAACAACCACAGAGGCACCAACUAAAACAACUACAGAAGGACCAACUACUACAACAGAAAUGCCAACUACAACAACUACAGAGGCAACAACUACAACAACGACAGAGGCACCAACUACCACAACUACAGAGGCACCAACUACAACAACUACAGAGGCACCAACUACAACAACUACAGAGGCACCAACUACAACAACUACAGAGGCACCAACUACAACAACUACAGAGGCACCAACUACAACAACUACAGAUGCGUCAACUACUACAACUGAACAGCCAAGUACCACAACUACAGAAGCAUCAACUACCACUACUACAGAAGCUUCAACCACAACAACAGUUGAACAACCAACUACCACAACAACUGAACAGUUACCUACCAGUACUACUGAAGUUAUUACCACAUCCACGACAAGUGAAACAACAACGGCAGCUAAUGAUCAACCAGAUUUAUCAACUACAGUCAUAAUAGAGACUUCAACUGCAGAAACACCAGCAUCAUCUACUGCAGAAACAUCGACUACAUCUCAAGUAAUUACUACAACAAUUGACCUAACUACAACAACAGAACAGCUAACUACCACGACUACAGAGGCGCCAACAACUACAACUACAGAGGCACCAACUACCACAACUACAGAAGCACCUACUACAACAACUACAGUGGCACCAACUACAACAUCCGAACUGCCUACUACCACAACUACAGAUACACCAACUACCACAACUACAGAGGCACAAACUACAACAACUACAGAGGCACCAACUACAACAACUACAGAAGCACUAACUACAACAACUACAGUGGCACCAACUACAACAACUACAGAAGCAACAACUACAACAUCUGAACUGCCAACUACCACAACUACAGAGACACCAACUACCACAACUACAGAGACACCAACUACCACAACUACAGAGGCACCAACUACAACAACUACAGAGGCACCAACUACAACAACUACAGUGGAACCAACUACAACAACUACGGUGGAACCAACUACAACAACUACAGAAGCAACAACUACCACAACUACAGAUGUACCAACUACCACAACUACAGAAGCACCAACUACAACAACUACAGAAGCACCAACUACCACAACAGAACUGCCAACUACAACAACUACAGAGGCACCAACUACAACAACGACAGAGGCACCAACUACAACAACUACAGAAGCACCAACUACAACAUCUGAACCGCCUACUACCACAACGACAGAGACACCAACUACCACAACUACAGAGGCACCAACUACAACAACUACAGUUUCACCAACUACAACAACGGAACUACCAACUACCACAACUACAGAAGCACCUACUACAACAACUACAGUGGCACCAACUACAACAUCCGAACUGCCUACUACCACAACUACAGAUACACCAACUACCACAACUACAGAGACACCAACUACCACAACUACAGAGGCACCAACUACAACAACUACAGAGGCACCAACUACAUCAACUACAGUGGAACCAACUACAACAACGGAACUACCAACUACCACAACUACAGAAGCACCUACUACAACAACUACAGUGGCACCAACUACAACAUCCGAACUGCCUACUACCACAACUACAGAUACACCAACUACCACAACUACAGAGACACCAACUACCACAACUACAGAGGCACCAACUACAACAACUACAGAGGCACCAACUACAUCAACUACAGUGGAACCAACUACAACAACUACAGAAGCAACAACUACCACAACUACAGAUGUACCAACUACCACAACUACAGAAGCACCAACUACAACAACUACAGAAGCACCAACUACCACAACAGAACUGCCAACUACAACAACUACAGAGGCACCAACUACAACAACGACAGAGGCACCAACUACAUCAACUACAGUGGAACCAACUACAACAACUACAGAAGCAACAACUACCACAACUACAGAUGUACCAACUACCACAACUACAGAAGCACCAACUACAACAACUACAGAAGCACCAACUACCACAACAGAACUGCCAACUACAACAACUACAGUGGCACCAACUACAACAUCCGAACUGCCUACUACCACAACUACAGAUACACCAACUACCACAACUACAGAGGCACUAACUACAACAACUACAGUGGCACCAACUACAACAACUACAGAAGCACCAACUACAACAUCUGAACUGCCAACUACCACAACUACAGAGACACCAACUACCACAACUACAGAGACACCAACUACCACAACUACAGAGGCACCUACUACAACAACUACAGAGGCACCAACUACAACAACUACAGUGGAACCAACUACAACAACUACAGAAGCAACAACUACCACAACUACAGAUGUACCAACUACCACAACUACAGAAGCACCAACUACAACAACUACAGAAGCACCAACUACCACAACAGAACUGCCAACUACAACAACUACAGAGGCACCAACUACAACAACGACAGAGGCACCAACUACAACAACUACAGAAGCACCAACUACAACAUCUGAACCGCCUACUACCACAACGACAGAGACACCAACUACCACAACUACAGAGGCACCAACUACAUCAACUACAGAAGCACCAACUACAACAACUACGGUGGAACCAACUACAACAACUACAGAAGCAAUAACUACCACAACUACAGAAGUACCAACUACAACGUCCACAGAGGCACCAACUACCACAACUACAGAGGCACCAACUACAACAACUACAGAGGCACCAACUACAACAACUACAGAUGCGUCAACUACUACAACUGAACAGCCAAGUACCACAACUACAGAAGCAUCAACUACCACUACUACAGAAGCUUCAACCACAACAACAGUUGAACAACCAACUGCCACAACAACUGAACAGUUACCUCCCAGUACUACUGAAGUAAUUACCACAUCCACGACAAGUGAAACAACAACGGCAGCUAAUGAUCAACCAGAUUUAUCAACUACAGUCAUAAUAGAGACUUCAACUGCAGAAACACCAGCAUCAUCUACUGCAGAAACAUCGACUACAUCUCAAGUAAUUACUACAACAAUUGACCUAACUACAACAACAGAACAGCCAACUACCACGACUACAGAGGCGCCAACAACUACAACUACAGAGGCACCAACUACAACAACCACAGAGGCAACAACUACAACAACUACAGUUUCACCAACUACAACAACGGAACUACCAACUACCACAACUACAGAAGCACCAACUACAACAACGACAGAGGCACCAACUACCACAACUACAGAGGCACCAACUACAACAACUACAGAGGCACCAACUACAACAACUACAGUGGUACCAUCUACCACAACUACAGAAGUACAAACUACAACAACCACAGAGGCACCAACUACAACAACUACAGUGGCACCAACUACAACAACUACAGAAGCACAAACUACAACAUCUGAACUGCCUACUACCACAACUACAGAGACACUAACUACCACAACUACAGAGACACCAACUACCACAACUACAGAGACACUAACUACCACAACUACAGAGACACCAACUACCACAACUACAGAGACACCAACUACAACAACUACAGAGGCACCAACUACAACAACUACAGAAGCAACAACUACCACAACUACAGAUGUAUCAACUACCACAACUACAGAAGCACCAACUACCACAACUACAGAAGCACCAACUACAACAACUACAGAAGCACCAACUACCACAACUACAGAAGCACCAACUACAACAACUACAGAAGCACCAACUACAACAACAACAGAGGCACCAACUACAACAACUACAGAAGCACCAACUACAACAACCACAGAGGCACCAACUACAACAACUACAGUGUCACCAACUACAACAACGGAACUACUAACUACCACAACUACAGAAGCACCAACUACACCAACUACAGAAGCACCAACUACAACUACUACAGUGGCACCAACUACAACAAGUACUGAAGCACCAACUACAACAUCUGAACUGCCUACUACCACAACUACAGAGACACCAACUACCACAACUACAGAGGCACCAACUACAUCAACUACAGAGGCACCAACUACAACAACUACGCUAGAACCAACUACAACAACUACAGAAGCUAUAGCUACCACAACUACAGAAGUACCAACUACAACGACUACAGAGGCACCAACUACAACAACUACAGUGGCACCAACUACAACAACUACAGAAGCACCAACUACUACAACAGAAAUACCAACUACAACAACUACAGAGGCACCAACUACAACAACUACAGAGGCACCAACUACAACAACGACAGAGGCACCAACUACCACAACUACAGAGGCACCAACUACAACAACCACAGAGGCACCAACUACAACAACUACAGUGUCACCAACUACAACAACGGAACUACCAACUGCCACAACUACAGAAGCACGAACUACACCAACUACAGAAGCACCAACUACCACAACUACAGAAGCGCCAACUACCACAACUACAGAAGCACCAACUACAACAUCUACAGAAGCACCAACUACAACAACAACAGAGGCACCAACUACAACAACUACAGAAGCACCAACUACAACAACCACAGAGGCACCAACUACAACAACUACAGUGUCACCAACUACAACAACGGAACUACUAACUACCACAACUACAGAAGCACCAACUACACCAACUACAGAAGCACCAACUACAACUACUACAGUGGCACCAACUACAACAAGUACUGAAGCACCAACUACAACAUCUGAACUGCCUACUACCACAACUACAGAGACACCAACUACCACAACUACAGAGGCACCAACUACAUCAACUACAGAGGCACCAACUACAACAACUACGCUAGAACCAACUACAACAACUACAGAAGCUAUAGCUACCACAACUACAGAAGUACCAACUACAACGACUACAGAGGCACCAACUACAACAACUACAGUGGCACCAACUACAACAACUACAGAAGCACCAACUACUACAACAGAAAUACCAACUACAACAACUACAGAGGCACCAACUACAACAACUACAGAGGCACCAACUACAACAACGACAGAGGCACCAACUACCACAACUACAGAGGCACCAACUACAACAACCACAGAGGCACCAACUACAACAACUACAGUGUCACCAACUACAACAACGGAACUACCAACUACCACAACUACAGAAGCACGAACUACACCAACUACAGAAGCACCAACUACCACAACAGAACUGCCAACUACAACAACUACAGAGGCACCAACUACAACAACGACAGAGGCACCAACUACAACAACUACAGAAGCACCAACUACAACAUCUGAACCGCCUACUACCACAACGACAGAGACACCAACUACCACAACUACAGAGACACCAACUACAACAACUACAGGGGCACCAACUACAUCAACUACAGAAGCACCAACUACAACAACUACGGUGGAACCAACUACAACAACUACAGAAGCAAUAACUACCACAACUACAGAAGUACCAACUACAACAACCACAGAGGCACCAACUAAAACAACUACAGAAGGACCAACUACUACAACAGAAAUGCCAACUACAACAACUACAGAGGCAACAACUACAACAACGACAGAGGCACCAACUACCACAACUACAGAGGCACCAACUACAACAACUACAGAGGCACCAACUACAACAACUACAGAUGCGUCAACUACUACAACUGAACAGCCAAGUACCACAACUACAGAAGCAUCAACUACCACUACUACAGAAGCUUCAACCACAACAACAGUUGAACAACCACCUACCACAACAACUGAACAGUUACCUACCAGUACUACUGAAGUUAUUACCACAUCCACGACAAGUGAAACAACAACGGCAGCUAAUGAUCAACCAGAUUUAUCAACUACAGUCAUAAUAGAGACUUCAACUGCAGAAACACCAGCAUCAUCUACUGCAGAAACAUCGACUACAUCUCAAGUAAUUACUACAACAAUUGACCUAACUACAACAACAGAACAGCUAACUACCACGACUACAGAGGCGCCAACAACUACAACUACAGAGGCACCAACUACAACAACCACAGAGGCACCAACUACAACAACUACAGUGUCACACACUACAACAACGGAACUACCAACUACCACAACUACAGAAGCAACAACUACCACAACUACAGAUGUACCAACUACCACAACUACAGAUGUACCAACUACCACAACUACAGAAGCACCAACUACAACAACUACAGAAGCACCAACUACAACAUCUGAACUCCCUACUACCACAACUACAGAGACACCAACUACUUCAACUACAGAGGCACCAACUACAACAACUACAGAAGCACCAACUACAACAACUACAGUGUCACCAACUACAACAACGGAACUACCAACUACCACAACUACAGAAGCACCAACUACACCAACUACAGAAGCACCAACUACCACAACUACAGAGGCACCAACUACAUCAACUACAGAGGCACUAACUACAACAACUACGCUGCAACCAACUACAACAACUACAGAAGCAAUAGCUACCACAACUACAGAAGUACCAACUACAACGACCACAGAGGCACCAACUACAACAACUACAGAGGCACCAACUACAACAACUACAGUGGUACCAUCUACCACAACUACAGAAGUACAAACUACAACAACCACAGAGGCACCAACUACAACAACUACAGAAGCACCAACUACCACAACAGAACUGCCAACUACAACAACUACAUUGGCACCAACUACAACAACUACAGAAGCAACAACUACCACAACUACAGAAGUUCCAACUACAACAACCACAGAGUCACCAACUACAACAACUACAGAAGCACCAACUACCACAACAGAACUGCCAACUACAACAACUACAGAGGCACCAACUACAACAACUACAGUAGCACCAACUACAACAUCUGAACUGCCUACUACCACAACUACAGAGACACCAACUACCACAACUACAGAUACACCAACUACCACAACUACGGAGGCACCAACUACAACAACUACAGUGGCACUAACUACCACAACUACAGAAGCACAAACUACCACAACUACAAAUACACCAACUACCACAACUACGGAGGCACCAACUACAACAACUACAGAGGCACUAACUACAACAACCACAGAUGGACUAGCUACAAUGACUACAGAAGCACCAACUACAACAACUACAGUGGCACCAAUUACAACAUCUGAACUACCUACUACCACAACUACAGAAUCUUCAACUACAACAACUACAGAAGCACCAACAACCACAACUACAAAUGCGCCAACUACCACAACUACAGAGGCACCAACUACAACAACUACAGAGGCAACAACUACAACAACUACAGAAGCACAAACUACCACAACUACAGAAGUACCAACUACAACAACUACAGAGGCACUAACUACAACAACCACAGAUGGACUAGCUACAAUGACUACAGAAGCACCAACUACAACAACUACAGAAGCACCAACUACCACAACAGAACUGCCAACUACAACAACUACAGAAGCACCAACUACAACAACCACAGAGGCACCAACUACCACAACUACAGAGGCACCAACUACAACAACUACAGAGGCAACAACUACAACAACUACAGAAGCACAAACUACCACAACUACAGAAGUACCAACUACAACAACUACAGAGGCACUAACUACAACAACCACAGAUGGACUAGCUACAAUGACUACAGAAGCACCAACUACAACAACUACAGUGGCACCAACUACAACAUCUGAACUGCCUACUACCACAACUACAGAAUCUUCAACUACAACAACUACAGAAGCACCAACAACCACAACUACAAAUGCGCCAACUACCACAACUACAGAGGCACCAACUACAACAACUACAGAGGCAACAACUACAACAACUACAGAAGCACAAACUACCACAACUACAGAAGUACCAACUACAACAACUACAGAGGCACUAACUACAACAACCACAGAUGGACUAGCUACAAUGACUACAGAAGCACCAACUACAACAACUACAGUGGCACCAACUACAAUAUCUGAACUGCCUACUACCACAACUACAGAAUCUUCAACUACAACAACUACAGAAGCACCAACAACCACAACUACAAAUGCGCCAACUCUCACAACUACAGAGACACCAACUACAACAACUACAGAGGCACCAACUACAACAACUACAGAAGUACCAACUACAACAUCUACAGAAGCACCAACUACAACAACUACAGUGGCACUAACUACAACAACGGAACUACCAACUACAACAACCACAGAGGCACCAACUACCACAACUACAGAGGCACCAACUACCACAACUACAGAAGCAUCAACUACAACAACCACAGAGGAAACAACAACUACUAGUACCACAACUCCUAAACCUUUGUGCCCAAGUGUUACCCAGCCUGUGAUUGCGGGUAAAAGACUUACGGGUACCGCUACAGCUGACGCAUGCAGUGUUGCCAGUGGAAUGGUUGGUAUUCGAGACAGUUUUUCAAGCUCAACCCUGUGUACAGGAGUUUUAACGUCUACCACCACUCUCAUCGUACCGUUGGAUUGUGCCGAUUAUUUUAACGAGAUCAAAGGCAUCAGCGAUGAGCUAUUGAGUGUCGGCAGUGGUCAGCAAGAGAUAGUCAUUACUGCAGGAAACCUAAACUAUUCUGACAUCGGCAAUGGCAUGGCGAGUAUAACGCUACCGGAACCAGUGAGCGUGACCAACUGUCCUGAGUACGCAUGUCUGUACGAUGACUCCACAAUGAACGGUCGAGUGGACUUCACCAACUGUUUUGCUGCUGGGUACGGGACGCAGGCAUCUGGAGACUUCAACUACACCGGCGAUGCCCGUCAGAUAACCAUCACAAGCAACACAUGUUGCGAUGUUUUGCUGCAGGAGGUCGCUGACGCUGGUGGCAACUACACGGACACGAUGGUCAACCCUACCUCGCAGGUCAUUUGUCUGGGAUCUGACGAGUCGUCAUGCGGGGGUGACUUUGGAGCUCCCGUGUACUGCCAUGCUACUGACACACAAGAGCUGAUCGUGGUGGCUGUGCUAACUUCCAUCCCGUGUACUUCCGGUGACCCCAUUCUUGCGAAUGACUUGACCAAUGGGAAUUACGGUGCAACCCUUACAACUAGUGGUUGAUUUUAACAUUCAAAAAUAUAAAAUAUGAAUGUGUCAAAAAAAAAUUUCAAGUAGAUUAAUGUGAAAAGUUCAAAAAAAUAAAAUAUGAAUGUUCAAACAGAAUGUUUUUCUUGUACUAUUUUAGCAAAAUAUACACUAUUAUAUUUUCAAUACAAGGCUUCAAAAAGUAGUUUAC